CAUUUAGAAAGUCAGGUACUGAAGAAAAAGAAGAUUCUAGAAAACAAAACAAAACUAUGAAGAUAUUAAAUAAAUUGAUUGAAGAUUAUUUAGAAGAACUAGAACUUUAUAAAGACUGGAUAGUCAAUCUUAGAAAAAAAAGAGAAAAGCAACAAGCACUUUAA